AUGGAUCGUUCCCGGAGCCCAGACAAAAGCACCCAGCCUACAACACCAACUGACAACAUCAACCUUGGACCUUCUGCUAACCCAAAUGCCAAGCCAACAGACUUUGACUUCCUGAAGGUUAUUGGCAAAGGAAGCUUUGGAAAAGUUCUCCUGGCCAAACGCAAGUGUGAUGGGACUUUUUAUGCAGUGAAAGUCUUGCAUAAGAAAACGAUCCUAAAGAAAAAGGAGCAAAACCACAUCAUGGCAGAACGCAAUGUGCUUCUGAAAAAUGUCAAGCACCCUUUCCUUGUGGGGCUCCACUACUCCUUCCAGACCUCAGAGAAGCUUUACUUUGUGCUUGACUAUGUAAAUGGAGGAGAGCUCUUCUUCCACUUGCAAAGGGAGCGCUGUUUCCGUGAACCCCGGGCCCGAUUCUACGCUGCCGAAGUUGCCAGUGCAAUUGGAUACCUGCAUUCCUUAAACAUCAUUUACAGGGACUUAAAACCUGAGAACAUUCUCCUGGAUUGCCAGGGACACAUAGUAUUGACAGACUUCGGACUCUGCAAAGAAGGAAUGGAGCAAGAGGAGACAACUUCUACAUUUUGUGGCACUCCCGAGUACUUGGCUCCUGAGGUGCUAAAGAAGCAGCCAUAUGACAGGACAGUCGACUGGUGGUGCCUAGGAGCUGUCCUCUAUGAGAUGCUGUUUGGACUACCUCCUUUUUACAGUCGGGAUGUGUCUCAGAUGUAUGACAACAUUCUGCACAAGCCACUCCAGAUUCAAGGAAGCAAGACUGUGGCAGCCUGUGACAUCCUCCAGGGACUUCUCCACAAGGACCAGAAGAGGAGGCUGGGUGCCAAGACAGACUUUCUUGAGAUAAAGAACCAUGUGUUCUUCAGCCCAAUAAACUGGGAUGACUUGUACCAAAAGAGGAUUACUCCUCCGUUUAACCCCAAUGUGGCCGGUCCAGCUGAUCUGCGACACUUUGAUCCAGAGUUCACCCAAGAAGCGAUACCUGCAUCCAUCACCCGCACACCUGACCUAGCAGCCAGCAGCUCCAGUGCCUCGGAUGCUUUUUUAGGAUUUUCUUAUGCACCAACUGAAGAGGGCAUCUAGGUUUUAUACAGGCUUUGAGAAGCCAGUUUUUUAACUGAAUGGGUUUUAUGUUUGGUAUGUUUUGUGUGGGGUAUUUAGUUUGUUUUAACGCUUGGUACUGUCCUUUACCCAUUGCUUAAAAAAUGGGACUAAUACACUAACUG